AUGCUCCUCGGAGGGUGUCGAGGUUCCCCCUCCGUUCCUGUUACCGUGUCGACCAACAAACACAAGGUGGAGGUGCGCGAGUUCUCAGAUGCGGUGCUGUCCUGCAUGUUCCACACUGAGAGAGAACAGAACCCGCGGAUCGAGUGGAAGAAGAAGGGGAAAGAUGUUUCCUUCGUGUACUAUGGUGGACUCUUCAGAGGUCCCUUUGAGGGCCGGGCCACCAUUCAAGGAGCCACGGUGACGCUGCAAAGGGUGACACAGGAGGAUGCCGGGGAGUACCGUUGCGAGAUCAGCGCUCCGUCUGACUCCAUCAGCCUGGGCGAGACCAACGUCACGCUCAAAGUCCUGGUUCCCCCACACACCCCGUCCUGCGAAAUCCCCAGCGGGGCAGUGACAGGCUCAACGGUGCAGCUGCGCUGUAGGGACCAGCAAAGCAUCCCGCCCGCUACAUACUCCUGGUUCAAGGACAACCAGCCGAUCAACCCGCCCCGACUCCAAAACGCCACCUAUCUAAUCGACUCACACACAGGAAUACUGGAGUUUAAAGCUGUAGCCAAAGAGGACACCGGCAAAUACAGCUGCCGGGCAUCGAAUGGAGUGGGGCCACCAAAGAUGUGCGAGGGCAAGCACAUGACGAUAGAGGACGUCAACAUCUCAGCCGUGGUGGCAGGAGUGGUGGUGGUCUGCCUGGUCAUCGCGGUUUGUGGAUGCGGGGGGUUCCUCUUACAUCGCAACGGAUUCUUCAGUCCAGGACACAGAGGAAGACUGUCCGAUGUGCUCACCAUGUCUUUGUCUUCCAGGUCCAAUGUCAACUACAUCCCCCCGCCCCAAGAACCCCAGGACUUUAAACACACCCAGUCAUUCAUGCUCUGA